CUUUGAGAGCUGCAGGCGGAUCCACGUAGAAAGGGGGCGUCUUAAAUCAGAGACGACCAUUCAAAACCGGCAGAAGGAAAAAAAAAAAAGAAAAAAGAAGCAACACCCCGAUCCAUCCAUCCAUCUCUUCUCCCAGAUCACUCAGCACCCACCGGUGGCCCACCAACGAGAGACCCGCAGAGAAAACACCAAGAUGGCCCCGAUCUCCAUCAAAACCGUGCUGAUUAGUGAAAGUGUCGACCCUCGCUGCAAGGCGAUUCUGGAGGAAAAUGGCAUCCGAGUCACGGAGAAGCAGAACAUGACUAAGGAUGAAUUAAUCGCGGAGAUAGAGGACUAUGAUGGCCUCGUGGUUAGAUCUGCAACCAAGGUAACAGCUGAUGUUAUCAGUGCUGCUAAUAAUCUCCAAAUUAUUGGAAGAGCUGGGACCGGUGUGGACAACGUAGAUGUUCCUGCCGCUACCAAAAAGGGCAUUAUUGUCAUGAACACGCCGAGUGGCAACACGAUCAGUGCUGCUGAGCUGACAUGUGCUCUGCUCAUGAGCCUCUCAAGAAAUGUGCCACAAGCAGCGAUGUCAAUGAAGCAAGGAAACUGGGAUCGCAAGAAGUUCAUGGGCGCAGAGCUGUACGGCAAAGUGCUCGGAAUAGUCGGACUUGGAAGAAUAGGAAAGGAGGUCGCCUCGAGGAUGCAGUCAUUUGGCAUGAGGACUAUUGGCUAUGAUCCAAUCACUCCUCCAGAGGUGUCAGCCAGCUGGGGAGUGGAACAGAUGUCUCUGGAGCAGCUCUGGCCCCAGUGUGACUACAUCACUGUCCACACUCCCCUGUUGCCCUCUACUGUCGGUCUGCUUAACGAUGAAAGCUUUGCCAAGUGCAAGAAAGGCGUGAAGGUUGUGAACUGUGCAAGAGGGGGCAUCAUCGAUGAGGAGGCUCUGCUCAGAGCCUUGGAGUCUGGACAGUGUGGAGGAGCAGGCCUUGACGUCUUUGUGGAGGAGCCACCUAAGAACCACUCACUGGUGGAGCAUCCCAAUGUCAUCAGCUGCCCUCACCUGGGAGCCAGUACGAAGGAGGCUCAGGCUCGCUGUGGGGAGGACAUUGCCCUGCAGAUCGUGGACAUGGUGAAGGGAAAGAACCUGGUCGGAGCAGUAAAUGCUCAGGUCUUGGCUAGCACGUUCUCCCAGGAGUCGCAGCAACUGAUUAAACUCGGAGAAGCCGUUGGAUCUGUUCUUCAGUCUUUCAGCGCGUCUAAGAAACCAUUCAGUCACGUUCAAAUUACUACACAAGGGGAUUGCAUGAAGUCCUCCACUGGUUACAUGACUUCAGCUGUGCUGGUGGGUUUACUCAAUCAUGAAUCAGGAUGUUGCCCGAACCUCAUCAACGCGCUGAGCUUAGCUAAGGAAACUGGAAUCACGGUUUACCAGGCCCACUGUGCAUCUGCCGGGGCCACUGAAGGCGUGUGUAAGGUGGAGAUUGCGGCCAAUGGCUGCAGCUACAAAGCCAGCGGUUCAGUUCAAGGUGGAGCGCCUGUCCUCCUGGAGCUGUGCAACAGCGUGUUCAGACAGCCCAUCUCUCUCACUGGAAAUCUGCUGUUCUUUAAGGCCCCUGCGAAUCCUCAACUCCUGUCCUCACUGGCUGGAGUGUUGGCCACAGAGGGAGUGGAGAUUGAGUCUUUCAGUGCUCCUGCAGACCGCUCUGGGGAUCUGUGGUAUUGUGUGGGGGUGUCCUCUCUCUUGAGAGAUCUCAGUGCCUUGAACUCCGUGGUGAAGGAUGCAGCGCAGCUCAGCUUUUAAAUGACAGCGCAAAGCACUUACAGAGGCACUGAAUAGCAUUCAGGAUGUGAGAUCUGUAACAUUUUCAGGAGCGUCUAAUAUAAAUGAUCCAGUCUUUGUGUUUACAGCUAACAACUUGUGCAGAAGUUGCAGUUUAAAACCUGCAUUUUAUAACAUUCCAGUGUUUAGAUGUUUUUAUUAACUUGUAGAAGUAGAAAUUAAAUAAAAAUGUUCGUUGUACGCUGCUCAGUUUGUUGUAUGAUCCUUUUAAAGAAGACUUUCUAAUUUGAACGCCUUAUAUUUGAAUAUUUUAAAAAUACUUCACUACACAGCUCGAGUUCAGUACGACAGCCCUUCAAUAAUUCCUCUAUUAAAAUGUUCAAUGUGUGAUUUGUGUCGGUUCUAUGGGGGGGUUUUUUUGCCCCACUGUUAUUAAUUUUUGGUAAGAUUACACAGUAAAGGGCUGCACAACACAUCCCAGAGCUAGUGGCAGAAAGCUGCUUUGUAGGUUGUAGCAAGCAAGCAACAACACAACUUUUUUUCACAUGUAAAUCUGUUCCUGUGGCAUCAUGGAAAUCUCACUCACUUUAGAUCAUCUCAUCUCACUACUUUCCACUUCUAAAUAAGAAUACAUUUCAGCUCAUUGUCUCAAAACAGAGUAGCCAGAAAUAGGCAUUUACUUUCUGUAGACCUUCAGAAAAUAUGAGUCCUACCACAUGCAGUGCAUAUGCUCAGUUCUCUGAAUCCUUAAGCAAAGAUAUAUUUUACUCCAUCCUCCCAGAAAACCACAGUGGAUGCCACAGUAGUGUAUUUUUCAACAAUAAAUAAAUAAAGAGAUUAAAUAAUGGAAUCUGUGGAAUCGUUGCAUGAAAAACUUAAUUCAAUCUGUGUCCAAUCUGUGUCCGCUACCUAAUCAGUCAUGCAGUUAGUCCAGCCUACACAGCAAUCUGUUUAAUCCACAGCAAAGUGCUAUGGCUUGUGGUAAAUAUCAGAUACAACAGUCCUUCUUCUGCAUCCAUAUAUUGGAUGAUGGAUUUGAAACAAGCAUUUCACAUUUGGAUUGUUCACUUUUUAACGACCUGUU